UUAACCUGCUCUCUCUCUCUCUCCCACUCUUUCUUUACAGGUACGUAACUAAACUCUAACUGUAACCGCUUAUGGGUAUGGGUAAGUGUAAGUGUAAGUGUAAGUGUGCUCAUUGAUUUGCCUAGACUCCAAACAACAACAACAAGCUGUUUGUAUAUACGUGUGCAUGUGUGUGUGUAUGUGUGUUGAACAACAACUGCAUUGCGUUCUUGUUGCUUUGCCUGAUUUUGUUUAUGUACUUUUUUCCUCCCAUAUGGCAGACAUCAACUCCCAAAAUGUGCGCUCUGCUCCACUCUCAAAGAGAGUUGCACUGUCGUCUUGCAGUUCGCGCUCACUCUCUCUCUCUCUGUCUCUCAGUCGCUCAAUCGCUCACCGCAGCGGACGCCCUCAACUUGUUUCGCUCUGCUCGCACUAACAUGCUGCGACUUCGUUCAGUUGCUUACGAGCCGUCUUUGAGUGCGCAACAGGCUUAAGAAAGGCGCUGCGCGCGUUGCUAAUUCACGUCUUUGCUUUGCCGUUAAACGCGUGUGCCAUUCAAAAUAAAAUUUAAAAAAUAAAAUAUAUUAAAUUAAAGAGCAAACGACUCGCCGACAGUUUUGUUAAUAAUCUCGUUGCUAUUUUUACAUUUCUUGGCGUCGCAAAUUGCGCUUUUAAUGUCAUUUAGGCGAAAAGUAACGAACAAACAACAAAUAAAAUAAAAUAAAUAAAUAAGUACAACACCAAAGUCAUGCAAUGAUAAUUGUCAAAUAUAACAACCAGUCAAAGUUAAUUGCAUUUUGUUAAUGGGCAAAACGUGGCGGCAACAAAAUGUAAAUCAAAGCCAACAACUACAACAACAACAACAACAACAACAACAAAUGAAAUCCUAGUGAAGUUUCCCAAGUGUAGCACACAACAAAUAAAUAACAACUGAAAUAUAUUUUGCAUAGAAAUUUUGCGUAGCGCGACGAAAAACGCACAGAAAACGCGCGCGUUUGUUGUUUUGGCAACUACCAAUCUGUUGUAGUUGCAGUAAUGAUACCCUGCGUGAGUCUGGCCGAAACAAGCGUCAUUGGCAACAUGAAGGAGCGCGUCAAGGAAAUGAAAGUGUUUGGCUGUCGCCUCAACUUCUGGAAUCACAUCGGCCACAGCCUCACCAGCUCCAAGGCCAAAGAAGGCAACGGCAGUUCUCCAGCCCAGAAUUCGACACGCAGCAUCAGUCCAAACAACUCGACGACCAACAGUCAAUUCAGUUUGCAGCACAACAGCUCCGGCAGCCUAGGUGGCUCCGGCAUUGUCGGCGUCGGCGUCGGAGUCGGUGGCGGAGUCGGAGUCGGUGUCGGCGGUGUUGGCGGCAUUGUUGGCGGUGCAGGCUUGGGUAGCCCGAACGGCGUAGGAGGCGGCGGUGGCAGUUGCACGCCCACAUCGCUGCAGCCACAGUCCUCGCUGACAACGUUCAAGCAGUCACCCACUUUACUUAACGGCAACGGCACUUUGUUAGAUGCCAACAUGCCCGGCGGAAUACCAACGCCCGGCACGCCCAACUCCAAAGCCAAGGACAACUCACACUUUGUCAAGCUCGUGGUGGCGCUUUAUCCAUUCAAAGCCAUCGAAGGCGGCGAUCUAUCACUGGAGAAGAAUGCCGAAUACGAGGUCAUUGACGAUUCACAGGAGCAUUGGUGGAAGGUCAAGGAUGCACUCGGCAAUGUCGGCUACAUACCCAGCAAUUAUGUGAAGCCCAAGGCGCUGUUGGGUCUGGAGCGUUACGAAUGGUAUGUGGGCGACAUGUCACGACAACGCGCCGAGUCGCUGCUCAAGCAGGGCGACAAGGAGGGCUGCUUUGUGGUGCGCAAGUCAUCGACCAAGGGUCUCUAUACGCUAUCUCUGCACACCAAAGUUCCCCAGUCGCAUGUGAAGCACUACCACAUCAAGCAGAACGCACGCGGCGAGUAUUAUCUGAGCGAGAAGCACUGCUGCGAGACAAUCCCGGAUCUGAUUAACUAUCAUCGGCACAAUUCGGGCGGAUUGGCGUGCCGGCUAAAGUCAUCGCCCUGCGAUCGUCCGGUGCCACCAACGGCGGGCUUAUCGCACGACAAAUGGGAAAUCCAUCCCAUGGAGCUGAUGCUGAUGGAGGAGCUGGGCUCGGGCCAGUUCGGUGUGGUGCGUCGCGGCAAAUGGCGCGGCUCAAUCGAUACCGCCGUCAAGAUGAUGAAGGAGGGCACCAUGUCCGAGGAUGAUUUCAUCGAGGAGGCCAAGGUCAUGACCAAGCUGCAGCAUCCGAAUCUCGUACAGCUGUAUGGCGUCUGCUCCAAGCAUCGUCCCAUCUAUAUUGUUACCGAGUACAUGAAGCAUGGCUCGCUGCUCAACUAUUUGCGCCGGCACGAGAAUACGCUCAUCGGGAACAUGGGCCUCCUGCUGGACAUGUGCAUACAAGUGAGCAAGGGCAUGGCCUAUCUGGAGCGACACAACUAUAUACAUCGCGAUCUGGCGGCACGCAAUUGCCUUGUCGGCUCCGAGAAUGUUGUCAAAGUGGCCGACUUUGGACUCGCGCGCUAUGUGCUGGACGAUCAGUACACCAGCUCCGGCGGCACCAAGUUUCCCAUCAAAUGGGCACCGCCCGAGGUGCUCAACUACACGCGCUUCUCUUCCAAAAGCGAUGUGUGGGCUUACGGCGUUCUCAUGUGGGAGAUCUUCACCUGUGGCAAAAUGCCCUAUGGCCGUCUAAAGAACACCGAAGUUGUGGAGCGUGUCCAGCGCGGCAUUAUACUAGAGAAACCAAAGUCGUGUGCCAAGGAGAUAUACGAUGUCAUGAAAAAGUGCUGGUCGCAUGGGCCCGAGGAGCGUCCCUCGUUCCGUGUGCUCAAAGAGCAGCUGGCGCUUGUGGCCCAAACGCUGACCGACUAAGCGGAUGCGGAAGGGAUGGCAAUGGAUCGACACUGGUCUCUGGUCUGGGAUCACGCACUGAUUAGCAAAACCAACAUAAAUAUAUACAACUAAAUAUGAACUAUAUAAAGAGCUAAAGUUAAUGAUAUUUGAGAUAUGCUAUGAUAUGAAGGCAUUCAAUUAAGUAACAAAGCAAAGCAGAUUAUGUUUGGAUCGUACAUAGUUUUUCAAAUAUGUAUGAACGGAAAAGUUGUGGUUGCAGCUAAAGAUUAUUCACAAUUAUAUUUAUAAUACACUUUAUAUAUAUAUAUAUAUAUAAAUACGAGCUACAAAUGAUAUCAUUAUGUUUAUAUAUAAAUCGAAUUAGAUGUGUGUAUAUGUAUGUGCAAGGUUAUAGAGCGCGAUUAACUGGCAUAUAGAAGCGAAAGCAAAAGAAAAACAUUAACUAUAUAUAUUAUAUAUGGAUUAUAGUUAACUGUAGCUAAUAGUCAAAUUUUUGAUACAUUUCAUAACAAAUAUACGACAUGCAUACAAAACAUAAUGUAUGCAGACACACAAUAUACGAUACUACGCAAAUACAUACAUAUAUAUAUUUAUAUAUAUAACUGUGCUUUUUAUUAAGUAAGUUUAUAUAGUAAAAAAAAAGAGAAAAUAACAACAACACAUUUUAUAAUGAAAACUGAAUCUAAGAAAACUGAUUAAGCGUAAAAUUAAUAUUUAAGCAAAAGUCUCGAAAGAAAAGGAAAAUAACAAAAAAAAAAGAAGCGGCAAAUUUGUUAGUUUAGAAUUUUACGUGCUUAGCUUAAGUUUUGUGAUUUAUUGUUUAAACAUUAUGCAGCGAUUUGUAUGCAGCGCAGUUUCAUUUAAUUUUUCUUAAUUUUAACCAAACUCAACAAUUUAUAAUUAUAAUUAUCAUUAUUUUGCCUGUGCAUGCAAAUUUUAAAUGGAUUCUUAAUUUCUUAUGCUUAUGCUACCAAUAUAUAUAAACAAACACACAUACAUACAUACAUAUAUAUAUAUAUAAAUAUAUAUAUAUAUAUAUAUAUAUUUUAUCUAUUUUUAUGAAAAGUUUUACUUAAUUAAUUUUUAAAGAACGCUCGCCUAAGCCGCAAACAAACGAAAACAGAAAAUACAAAUAAAAUGUAUUAUGAAAAUAAUAUUUGAUUUUUUGUGUUCAAUUUUCAUUUUACUCUUUUGUUAAAUAUUUUAACUGCAUUGUACUCAACUAUAUGCAUUAACCUUUAAUGGGCCAGAGACUGUACGCACUUGAAUUCGGUUUCAGCGCCAAAAUGCAUUUGCGAGCCAAACAACCCGAUUCCGUAAGAGUAAACCAGAGAACCAAUGAACCGAAUGCAACAAUGAAAACAAGACUUGAAAAUAAAUAUAUAUAUAUUAAAAUCGAAACACAGCAAUUGAACACCAAAGAAAUCAAACGCAAA